AUGUUCUCGUUCCCCUCACGGCAUCACGCUCUCCCCCAAUCCGCCAACUACACGGUUUCAUUCGCAGAACCAACCGGUCUCCAUCCGACAAUGUCCAUCUCUAUUCCUCGCUCGUCAUUAAAUCUACCUCCAGCACCCGAUGACACAACCUGCGGCCUGUAUACGUACCUGACGCUACCAUCCUCUGUGUUUGCUGACCAGUAUCAAAUUGGCACGACCGAUCCGCUUUUCCUCCAAUCCCACAACCUAGCAGGUCUGCGUGCUCAUGCGGGUGAAACAGACCUGGAGGCUCCAGACUGGGUCGUCAAGCGCUGGGGCUCGACCUGGCUUAUUGAACUAGCUACACCAAUCGACCAGAAUCUCGAUGGCGCUGUGCAAUCACCCAAUUGGACCGCUACCAUUCCGCUUCAUCUCCGAUAUCUUGCUCCCUCUGAAUCAGGGUAUCGAUCUGCACAUGUACCUUGGCCAGUCGUCUUCUGGGCUUGCAGUGCAGAGGAUGAAGAAGCUGGCAUGGGGAGAAAUCCGUUCGACCGCAACCACCUCGGCUACGAUAGCCUCUUUGCUCCCCGUACACUAUUCUACCAGUUUCACCCCCAGUCCGAUCAUCUCAUAGAGGAUAUAGAUAUCCCUGUUCUUCACCUUAGCGAUAGAAAGGGCCUUUUCCAGCCUCGCAACAUCGAAUUGGCUACAUGUGCCAUCAUUUCCCUCGGAUUCUUGUGGAUUCUCUGGCGACUUGUGCGAGUUGCUUGGUCAUCUGGUCUUGGCUCUAACGCCAAGACUGAACGUUCUGAUGAACAUGAUAAGAAGGAGUAG